AUGGGUCGGGUUAUUCGCGCUCAGAGGCGCUCGCACGCUAUCUUCAAGUCCCACACCCACCACAACAAGAACCCGGCCAGGCUGCGUCCUCUGGACUUUGCGGAGCGCAACGGGUACAUCCGGGGUAUCGUAAAGGAUAUCAUCCACGAUCCUGGCCGUGGUGCUCCCCUCGCUCGGGUUGUCUUCCGCGACCCCUACCGCUACAAACUCCGCGAGGAGACCUUCAUCGCCGUUGAGGGUCUGUCCACCGGCUCCUUCGUCUACUGCGGCAAGAAGGCCCUUCUUGCCGUCGGCAACGUCCUCCCCGUCUCCCACGUACCGGAAGGUACCAUCAUCUGCAACGUUGAGGAGCAUGCUGGUGACCGUGGUGCGCUUGCCCGUACCUCUGGCACAUCCGCAACCGUCAUCGGCCAAGAUCCGGAUAGCGGCAAGACCCGUAUCCGCCUCCCCUCUGGCGCGAAGAAGACGAUCCCCAGCACUGCUCGUGCGACUGUCGGUCUCGUCGCUGGCGGUGGAAGGAUGGACAAGCCCCUGCUCAAGGCUGGUCGUGCGUUCCACAAGUACAAGGCGAAGCGCUACAGCUGGCCAAGGACGCGUGGUGUGGCCAUGAACCCCGUCGACCAUCCUCACGGUGGUGGUAACCAUCAGCAUAUCGGAAAGGCCUCGACCAUUUCUCGCCAGGCCGUGCCCGGUCAGAAAGUCGGUCUCAUUGCCGCUCGCAGGACUGGUCUCAUCCGUGGUACUCAAGUUGUUCGGGAGGUAUGA